AUGGUCCUCCACCGAGGUAAACUCUCGCGGCGGCCAGACACUCCCAUCCCGAUUACACGAAAUACAGCAUCAAGAGCUGGAUCAAUAUUAAAUGCUCUUCGAGUCCCUCCAAAUAUUACCAACAAUCAGCUACCGAAGGAAGAAGAGAAGCAAGGUCCGCUCUUUCCAGCCCGCAGUACAACACCCAACAAAAAGAGGCGCGCGAGUGGAUUUGCCGAAGAUCUUUACGACGUUGACGAAGAUGGUUAUCAGAGCCCUAACGAGAGCGUCAAGAGAUUCGCCUGCCCGUAUUUCAGAAAUAAUCCGGAACGUCAUCUUGAAUGUAUCAAUCUCAAGAUGGUUCGCAUCUCUGACGUAAAGCAGCAUUUGAAGAGAAGACAUAUGGCCCCGUACCCCUGUCCGAGAUGCUCUGAGGGAUUUUUAUCUUUGAACCUGCAAGAGGAGCAUAUACUGCAGCAGAACUGCUCACCAGGAUCUGGGGCGAACUGGGAUAGUGUUUCAUUAGCUUCGCAGAGAUCCCUACAGGCCCGCUUUGCGAAGGGCCUUUCGCCAGAAGCACAGUGGUACGGGAUUUGGAAGAUUCUGUUUGGGGCACCGCGUGGUACCAUGCCGAAGCCGCAUCUGGACGGAGUCGUCAAAGAGGUCAUUGGGAUCCUGCGAGGGAUUUGGCUGGAUGAAGGACGACAAUUGAUCUCUGAGUUCGUGGAAGCGAGUGACCAGCCGCCUGACUAUACUGACGAGUUAUAUAAACUCCUGGCGCGGCUGCUCGAUGAGGUUGAGGCUCGCUUCGAAGCAAAGCCUUCCGGAAAGGCCUCCGGGAAUGCAUCUGUUAUUUCUGAACUGAGCCCCGAGGAAUCUGCUGGAGCGCAAUUGGAUACUGUUUCGCAUUAUAUUGCGGAGGGAGCUGAUAGUCAUCCCCUGGUAGCGCUCUAUGACACUACACCCUUGUCCUUUGAUUUCUCAGCUGCACCGUCAGAGGUUUCCGAAAUCUCCUAUCAAACAUCGGAGCUCAGCUUCCCUGGAACGCAGCUUUUCCACACUCAAUAUCCUUAUACGGAUAAUCCAGUAACGGAUUUUCAGUUUUGGGACUACAAUCCGCAGCAAACUACUUCUAUGGAUGGAGCGAAGCUGUGA